AUGUCCAUCUCUCAAUUGGGCUUGGUGAGGGCAGAGAAUGGUCGCAUUGUGUCAGAGCCAGGUGAGUAUUGGGUCCGCUGGGUUGAGUACUUUGAGCAACUGUAUAGGGUAGAUCCCACGACUUCGCAACUCCCUUUGGCUUGGACACAGCCCCUAGUGGCUGAUCCACCAGUCAGUGAGGCACCACUUUUCACCAAAGAGUGUACCAGGCAAGGUCUUCACUCAUCUGCUCAUGGCGCGAGUGCGCAACUACCUUUACAAGUACAGAGAUCUAAGCAGUCUGGUUUUACACCCAAGAAGUCAACUGUAGACCGUGUCUUAGCACUUUGUGUCCUUGUGGAACGCCGGCUUGAGUUUCAACAAGGUAUGCUUGCAGCUUAUGUUGAUCUCAAGAAGGCUUUCGACUCAGUGCACCAGAAGAGUCUCUGGAGCCAACUGUAG